AUGUAUCCUCAUAAUGCUGGCGUGGCGCCCGCGCCCCAAAAACCAGAGACCUUCAUGCUCAGCACAGAAGCCCAGCAGGCAUUGCCACACGAUGCUCAGGUCGCCCUGCAACAAGUCGACAACUUGAAAUACUUCCUGAUCUCCGCACCCGUCGAUUGGCAACCAGACCAGUACAUCAGGAGGUUUCUGCUGCCAACGGGCGAGUACGUCUCGUGCGUCCUAUGGAACAACCUCUUCCACAUCUCGGGCACCGACAUCGUGCGAUGCCUGUCCUUCAGGUUCCAGGCCUUUGGCCGCCCUGUCAAGAACUCCAAGAAGUUCGAGGAGGGCAUCUUUUCGGAUCUGCGCAACCUGAAGUCUGGCACCGACGCCUCUCUUGAGGAGCCCAAGAGCCAGUUCCUCGACUUCCUCUACAAGAACAACUGCAUCAGGACGCAGAAGAAGCAGAAGGUGUUCUACUGGUAUAGCGUACCGCACGACCGCCUCUUCCUCGAUGCUCUUGAGCGGGAUCUGAAGAGGGAGAAGAUGGGCCAGGAGGCUACCACCAUGGCCGUCAGCGAGCCGGCUCUGUCGUUCCAGUACGACUCGUCGCAGUCGCUGUACGAGCAGCUGACAAAGGCGCAGCAAGCCAACUCGUCGUCCUUCAACGCCCAGCAGGUUUCCUUCCCUCCUUCGCAGUCGACCUCCCCCGUCAUGAGGGCAAUGGACUCGAUGCCGCCACCCCAGAUGAUGGCCCAGACCAUGCCGCAGACUAUGGCCCCCUCGAUGCCCCAACAAAUGCCCCAGUCGAUGGCCCCUUUGCCAGACAACCUCGAGGCCAUGGUUCCUUACGGAGCGAUGGGCAUGGCUCCUGCCAUGCAGGCGCAGCCGGCGGUCAAGAGGGAGCCUGACUACAACCGCGGUGUUCAGUACAACCAGAACGGUGUUCCCAUCCAGGGCCACCAGCGUCAUGCCUCGAUGCCCGCCUAUGCUCUUGAGUACUCGCCUGCGCCCUCCUUCGUCUCUUCCCACUACGACGACUACGGCAACCGGGGCAUCUCUUUCGAGCCUCUCACGCCUCCUCAGCAGGCCCUGGGAAUGGGCGCUGAGCCGGCCUACAUCGCCAACGAGGAGACCGGCCUCUACACGGCCAUUCCUGACCACCUGAAUGGCGUCAACGGACUCAACGGCAUGAUUCAGCUGCCUCCCUCAAAUCUGGCUGGCCCGCAGUUCACCAGGUCAUACGGAUCCAACAACGUCUACUCUGUCAUUGAGGGUUCUCCGACCUACAAGCAGAGGAGGCGGCGGUCCUCAAUCCCGCCGGGCAUGUCGGCGAUUGCGGCUGCAACUGCGGCGGCGACUGCUCACAGGCCUUCGGACCUGCGCAGGUCAGUAUCGGCCUCGGUCGGUCCCGUCGCCGAGGGAGACGAGUCGCUUGACAACUCCCCUCCGGGCCUCAUCUACAGCAACCAGGGAAUGCCCAUGGCCUCGCACCAGAGGGAAGCCAUGGAACAGCUGUCGCGCCACGGCACGCCGCUCUCGACGGUCGAGGGCAGCCCCGGACCGCACUCGAUGGCGCUGCCGCAGCAGCCUGGUCAGCAGGACUACUCCGCCAUGCUCCCCGACGACGUCGGUGGCCAUAUGGAUGAGCGCAGGGCAAUGCAGGGCGGACCCAACGUUAUCCGCAGGGCACGCUCGGCGACCGUCAUGGAGCUGGGCCCGUACCCGCAGAAGUCGCACUCAUGCCCCAUCCCCACCUGUGGUCGUCUCUUCAAGAGAUUAGAGCACCUCAAGCGACAUAAGCGCACGCACGACAGGGCCGACGGCGGCGACGGCGGUCUCAUCCUCUCGGGCGAGGACGAGGAGGAGUACUCGGGCGAAGACCACCUCGGGUCUCUCGAGGAGGCUUCGCCGACAUCGGAUAGCGGCUACGUCACGGCCUCGCUCAACUCGGUCGCAAACGGCAACGCUGGGGCAUCAACCUCAUCGAGCCCACACUCGGGCAUGGUGUCGCACGCCCCCGCCUACAACAGCCUGCAGACGCUGAGCAUGCCCAUGCAGAUGAGCCAACCACAGCCCAUCAACGCCGGCGGCAUGAUCUCCAAGGUCAACUGUUGCGUCAUGUGUCUUGAUUAUGUGUGA